AUGGAAGGGGGUGCAACUGUAGCCGAUAAGGCUGAGUUCAAAGAGUGUUUACGCCUGACUUGGAGCCAGCCAUUUAUUCUUCGACUUGUUUUCUCUGCUGGCAUCGGCGGUCUUCUCUUCGGAUAUGAUACAGGUGUCAUAUCUGGAGCACUUCUGUUCAUUCGAGAUGACUUUAUUGCGUUGGAGAAGAACACUACUCUACGAGAAACAAUAGUGAGUAUGGCUGUAGCUGGAGCUAUUGUCGGAGCCGGACUUGGUGGUUGGAUGAAUGACAAGUUUGGGAGGAGGCCUUCCCUCAUCAUCGCCGAUAUCCUGUUCCUUGCAGGUGCUGCGAUCAUGGCCUUUGCCCCGAAUCCCGCUGUUAUUAUCGUCGGGAGGGUGUUUGUUGGUCUUGGAGUUGGAAUGGCUUCCAUGACAGCACCACUGUACAUCUCUGAAGCCUCCCCGGCUAGAAUAAGAGGUGCGCUGGUGAGCACAAAUGGCCUUCUUAUCACUGGAGGGCAGUUCAUGGCAUACCUUAUUAAUCUGGCCUUCACCAAGGUUCCGGGAACCUGGAGGUGGAUGCUUGGCAUUGCAGGAGUCCCUGCUCUUCUUCAGUUAGUACUAAUGUUAACACUGCCAGAAUCACCAAGAUGGUUAUACAGGCAGGGUAGGAAAGAGGAAACUGCAGCGAUCCUCCGGAAGAUUUACCCUGCCAAUGAGGUGGAACAAGAGAUUGAAUCCCUGCGUAAAUCAAUUGACGACGAGAUACUCCUGGAGGGGUCCAUAGGCGAGCAGGGCAUGCUUGGCAAGCUGAAGAAGGCAUUUGGAAGCAAGGUUGUCCGUCGUGGUCUCAUGGCCGGCAUCAUCGUCCAGGUCGCCCAGCAGUUCGUCGGCAUCAACACCGUCAUGUACUACAGCCCGACGAUCGUCCAGCUGGCGGGCUUUGCCUCCAACGACACGGCCAUGGCCCUCUCCCUCAUCACCUCGGGGCUCAACGCCAUCGGCUCGAUCGUGAGCAUGUUCUUCGUGGACAGGGCCGGCCGGCGGCGCCUGAUGCUCCUCAGCCUGGUCGGCAUCGUCGGGUGGCUCGCUGUGCUCGGCGGCACGUUCCUUGGGGCGGCACACAAUGCACCGCCCGUCAGCGAGCUGGAGAUGCAGCCGUUUGCCAACCAGAUGUGCCCGGAGUACAAGCCGAGCGUCCACUGGAGCUGCAUGGACUGCCUCAAGGCCGAGUCGACGUGCGGGUUCUGUGCUCACCAAGGAGAUACGCUUCUUCCCGGCGCGUGCCUGGCGCUGAGCAACGAGACGAAAGGGGUGUGCCACGCCGACCACCGCGAGUUCUACUCGGAGGGGUGCCCCAACAAGUUCGGGUGGCUGGCGCUGCUCGCGCUGGGCGCGUACAUCGUCUCCUACUCGCCCGGCAUGGGCACCGUGCCAUGGAUCGUCAACUCGGAGAUCUACCCGCUGCGGUUCAGGGGCGUCUGCGGUGGCAUCGCCGCGGUGGCGAACUGGGUGUCCAACCUCAUUGUGACGCAGACGUUCCUGACCCUGACCAAGGCGCUGGGCACGUCGGCCACCUUCUUCCUCUUCUGCGGCGUCUCGUUCCUGGCCCUCGUCGUGGUGUUCUUCACCGUGCCGGAGACCAAGGGCCUGCAGUUCGAGGAGGUGGAGAAGAUGCUCGGUAGCAAGGACUACAAGCCUUGGAAGAGGUACCGCCCCGAGGCGCCGCUCAAGGGGCGCGAAAUCGGCCUCGUUAUACCGUAA